AUGCUGGGACCGGAUCUAAUACUUGACCGCUGGCAGGAACUAGACCUGAUGACGACCGACGACUAUCCGGAUGCAGAUGCCUCGACAUCGAGCAUACGUAUAGCCGUGGCAGAUGCACAGAUAAGGGAUCACAGCGAGGGGGACAGUGUCCUACCAACACUAAUUGAUCUGGGCCACGUGCCUGCUCUUGGUGGCUCCUUCCCUCAAACUGAAUUUCCCACGCAGCACUUCGAUAAAACCAACCGCGAAGGGCUUGGAGGACAUAGUGACAGCAAUAAUGGCAACGUGUUUCUGAUAGACCUCGACCACGCAGCUAUCAUACAGCAUGAUGUGCUCAGAAGUGCAUUUCAGUUGUUAUAUGCACGCUACAACUACCCGGAUGGGCUACUGACCGGCGGCAGCACAAACGACCCCAGCCCGGCCAAAAUGAAUGACUUUUAUGCAUGGCUGCGCAUUCUGACAUGGACUGCUCCAGGCAAUUAUAGACAUAACGGAAGUAGCAGUGCCGACGGUCAUGGAAAGAUCAGGAGCCGAAACGGGAGCCAAAGUGGCACAAGCAGUGGCAAUUCGCUGCAUGGGACCAACUUGUCCCAAGUAUCUGACCGGAUUGCCGACUUAGGACAUAAACCAGCGGAAGUGACGUGUGCCGAUAAUGAUGCUGACCAAAUAUAUGCGAAACUUUUAUCUCGGUUCAAGUCCUGCUUCGACGGCAAUAAAGAUCUUUCGAGUCCUUGGACGCGCACUUAUGCGCCUUAUUGUCUACAAACUCCUCUUCUGGCCCAGGUGGCCAUAUACACGUCGUCCUGUUUCCUGCAUGAGACUGGUCACCUCGACAAGGCGGUUACCCUGACACACAAGGGUCGUGCCAUUGACAUGCUCAACGCACAGCUUCAAGGAAGAAGUUCUAAUAGAGGCAACGGCGGGCCCGCGUCUACAUCCACCUCUGAUGAUGCCAUCACCACUGUCAUCCACCGGAUCAUGGCUGAGUGGUACUGGGGUCAAACACAAAAUUUAAACAUACACCUGCGUUGCCUCUGUGAAAUGAUUCGCCAUCGUGGCGGCUUUCGGAACCUAGGAAUGAACGGCUUGAUCAGCAAGCUAACUAUGGCGGUCAUGCAUCUGUCCGCCAUCCACGGUAAUGACCAGGCUGUGGCUCUUGUGCUGGAAACAGGCCCAGUACUUAAUGGUAGCCACGGGACCAGCCAAGGUCUCUUUGACUACGAAGAUGUCUCACCGGCACCAUUCCGCGUUUCUCAAAAUACUCCUUUAGUUCCAGGACAGCCAUCUUUUGCACAAUGUGCCGAGGCGUUAGACAUUCACCCAACGACCGCAUCUAUACUCGACGACAUGCGGUUCUUAAUUACUGCGGUGUUGGCUCUUCCUGCACGCCCAACGAUAAAGGAUUUGCAAAAGGUGCAGACAACGGCACAGUGGAUUCAUGACCGCAUCCAUCGUAUGCCGGCGGAUUCACCGGAACUCCUUCAAAUCCACCGAGAGGGUGAUAGUCUCGCCGCCGAGGCGCAAUGUAUAGCUGACGAUCGUCCGUCCAUUGUCUUGUCCGACGCAGAGCCACACCAUCAAGAGAGCAUACAUUUCACUGCCCAAUCGCCAUCUUAUUUUGACCAAGAUCUUCAGCAGCAGCAUACGUCGUCUGCAUCGCCUGGAUCGUUGACAGGGCAUCGAGGGCGUGGUGGCAGUCCGUACCAGGAACAGCCGACACCAACGCCACAAGUCUUGGCUGGCGGCAGUCUACUAUCCAUGCGACGGCAGCCCCUGCAACUACCGCUGCAUCUUCACAAAGCCACCCGCUUCCUGCACCAGAUCCACUCUACCAAGUAG